GCAAGGAAUCUGUAUCUGUGGAAUGUUUUCACAAAUCAUAUGCGUGUUGUGUAUUAGUUUUUAAUUAACCCCACAUUUCUUCCUGUGACUUUCGUUUUCUCCUAUUAAAAAAAUUUCGUUUUACAACUGCAGCGGACUUAACUAACCAUCUUUCUUGCUUUUAGUUUGCGCAAUGCCGUAUUUCUAGCUAUAGUUAAAAAUGAGCAGCUUGUCAAAGUUGUAACUAACCCCUGUUCUUUUAAUCCCCUCACUUCUAUAACUGCACGAGACCUUGUUAACGUGUCAUAGACUCUGCUGCAGCUGGUUCGGCGGUUGGCUGGAGAUCCCUGGCGGUGGUUUUUCGUCUUUCUAUCGUCCCGGGAAACCCUGAGAGAAGCAGCCGAAGCCUUUAAUGAGCUCCAUUCAUCUGGACCAGCAUGACCGAGGCGAUUUUUCCCGUCUUGUAGACUGACGUAACAAUAUUACAAUGAAAGGAUGCAUUUUCUUGGGCUUUAUGAAAGUCUCCGCGCUCUUAUAGUCACCAGGGGGCAUGCACACGUCAAUGCAGCGCGGGAAACAUUUUAACAUCGUAACAUUGUAACGUCUGAUCGGGGGAACGUUCGAAUGGACGUAGGAGCAGCUCCGCGGCUCUUCAUAUCGCUGUAGUUUGUGUUACGGGAGGUUCCUGCUGCCCCCAUCCAUCUCUCCGGCUGUUGUUGUGAAUUGAUCUAACAUGGCGACUGUACCCGUCUAUUGCAUCUGCAGACUACCUUACGACGUAACCCAGUUUAUGAUCGAAUGCGACGCCUGCAAAGACUGGUUUCACGGCAGCUGUGUGGGAGUGGAUGAAGACGAAGCACCAGAUAUUGACAUCUAUCACUGUCCUAACUGUGAAAAGACCCACGGCAAAUCCACCUUGAAAAAGAAAAAGAGCUGGAAUAAGCAUGACACGGGACAAAGCGGAGACGUCAGACCGGUUCAAAACGGCAGUCAGGUGUUCAUAAAAGAGCUGCGCAGCAGAACAUUCCCCAGUUCAGAAGAUGUGGUGGUCAAGCUGUCUGGAAGUCAGCUGACGUUGGACUACCUUGAGGAGAAUGGAUUCAAUGAGCCAAUUCUCAUCCAGAAGAAAGAUGGGCUGGGGAUGGCUAUGCCUGCACCCACGUUCUACGUCAGUGAUGUAGAAAACUAUGUUGGACCUGAUGUUCUUGUGGAUGUUGUCGAUGUAACCAAACAGACACAAAGCAAAAUGAAGUUAAAAGAGUUUGUUGAUUUUUACUACAGCACAAACAGAAAGAAAGUAUUAAAUGUGAUCAACCUAGAGUUUUCAGACACAAGAAGGCAUGUGGGAGAGAAAAUCUUCUUUCUGAUCAAGCCCACUUCUGCCAACCUUUCUCUGUACGAGCGCUGGAGGUCCUCCUCCAACCACAGCGAGAUGUUUUUUGCUGAUCAAGUGGACAAGUGUUACAAGUGCACACUGAAACAAGGGCAAACUCUUUUCAUUCCAUCAGGUUGGAUUAAUGCAGUACUGACUCCUGUAGACUGCUUAGCCUUCUCCGGACAUUUUGUCCACAGUCUGAGCUUGGAGAUGCAAAUGAGAGCAUAUGAGGUAGAAAAAAGACUCAAAGUUGCCAGCCUCACUCCAUUUCCAAACUUCGAAACAGCAUGUUGGUAUGUGGGGAAAUACUACCUGGAGCGGUUUAAAGGUUUACAUAAAGCAAACAAGCAGCCACCACUUUACUUGGUACAUGGUGCCAAAAUUGUCAAUGGAGCAUUCAGAUCAUGGACUAAAAAACAGGCUCUUUUAGAACAUGAGGAUGAGCUUCCUGAAAAUAUGAAGCCAGCACAGCUCAUCAAAGAUCUUGCCAAAGAGAUUCGGAUUUCAGAGAACGCAACAAAAGCCAUAAAGAGUGAACCCAGCAACUCAAAGCCCCCAGCAGAGGAACCCCCGUCUGCUCCGUCAGAACCAGAAGUACCCAUGUCCCCUGCCCACAUCUCCACCCCCCCAAGAGAUAAGCCAGCCAGGAAGAAAGCCACAAAGCCACCCAAACCACCCAAAAUGCCCAAGGCACCCAAACCACCGAAGGAACCCAAAAUAAAAGAAGGUGGCAAAAAGAAAGCGAAGAAAGCAAAAGAAAGUAUUUUACCUGAGAAAAAGCCCUCAAGUCUGGCAGCUCUUGAAUCCCAUGCAAGGGACAUCCUGAACAAGAUGGACCAGCCCAAAAAACUGGUAAAGACUGGGAUGAGUAUUAUGGAGAAGGAGACGAGUAAACCGAAUGACGAUGAUAAGUUUAAGAUGAUUCGAGAGCAUAAUAAGAACAAGACUGAGGCCAAAUGGAAAUAUAAGAAUAGCAAACCCGAUUCGUUAUUGAAAAUGGAAGAAGAGCACAAAUUUGACAAAAGUCUACUCAGCCAUAAAGACAAUAAAUUUGCAUUUUCAUUGUCAAAUAAGAAGUUGUUAGGAUCAAAGAUGCUCAAGACCCAGACCAAUUCGAGUGUUUUUGGCUCAAUACAGAACAUAAAGGAAGAAAAACCCAAGCCUGUGAGAGACGAGUAUGAGUAUGUCUCUGAUGAAGGGGAGCUUAAGAUCGACGAAUUCCCAAUCAGGAGGAAAAAGAACGCAGUCAAGAGAGACUUUUCCUUUUUAUCAAACAUCAAAGAGCCCAUUCAGCCAGCGAAAAAGCCAAAGCUACAACAGUCGGACAUGAAGAGUCCAGAUUCAUCAGAUGAGGAAUCGCUCCACAUAGACACCGAGGCCAAGACAGAGGUCAAAGGUCGUAACUCCAAGGUCUCUAAGAAUAAAGGGGGCAGUUCAGCUGGGAUUCUGGAUCUUCUACAGGCCAGCAAACAAGUGGGCGGCAUUGACUACAGCAACAACAGUCAGCCACCUGCAUCCCCCAGCACACAGGAGGCCAUCCAGGGCAUGUUGUCCAUGGCUAACCUGCAGUCAUCAGACUCUUGUCUGCAAACGUCCUGGAGCAAUAGCCAAGCAAAGAACAACUCGCACAGCAGCACAGCCAGCAAGAAGCCGAGCAGCAUGGCCGGAGCAACGGCUAGCAACAGCAAGCGACCGGCCAAACGCUUGCCCAAGAAGACGCAAAAGAGCAGCAGCGUGGACAGUUUGGACAUGUUCGAUGAUGACCAGGACCACCUGGACGCAUGCUUUAAGGAUUCUGACUACGUUUAUCCGUCUCUGGAAUCUGAGGAGGACAGCCCCAUUUUCAAAUCAAGAUCCAAAAAAAGGAAAAAUACAGAUGACACUCCAUAUAGUCCAACAGCACGAGUUGGGCCCACUGUACCACGACAGGAGAGACCAGCUCGGGAGGGGGCACGUGUGGCGUCCAUAGAGACAGGAUUGGCAGCUGCAGCAGCUAAAUUGUCUCAUCAGGAGGAGCAGAAGAUCAAGAAGAAGAAAAAGAGUACCAAAAAGAAGCCCGUGGCUGUAGAGGAGCCUCAGAAACUCUCUCAUGACAGCAGCUCUCCAGAACCCGCCCCGGACUCUGAGACCAACCAGGGCGACCAUGAGUACAGCACUGGAACGAGCAAGACCGCCGGAAGCUCACAACCCAUGGCCCCCGGAGUCUUCCUCAGCCAGAGACGGCCUUCAUCAUCAUCGUCAUCUCAGAACACCUUGUCUGUCCCGCCAGCAAAAGUCGAACGUGGGAACUCGAUGGACUCCAAAGCCAAGCGGCUAAAGAAAGGAAUGGCAACGGCCAAACAGAGACUUGGGAAAAUCUUAAAGAUUCAUCGUAACGGCAAGCUCCUGCUGUAAUGUGGGCAAUGGGCGACUCAGACUUUCUCCUGAUGUUUAUGGACCCGAGGACUGAUCCCUCCCUCCCUCCCUCCCUCGAUGAGCUGGGAUGAGAGCAUAAGGACUCAAACAGACGGGAACGUGAACAGGAUCCCACAAGUUUUCAAUUUCUAAGAAGAACAUAGCUCAGAUAGGUUUUUGCCUCUUCUUUUACUUUAUCAUUUUCAGAUAUUAAAAAUGUACAAAAUACCUGCUAUUAAUAUUUUGUAAGAAGAAUUUGUCUUGUUUUACUACGGCUAUCAGUUUAUCAGGGGUUGCUAAUAUAUUCUAAGAUACAGUACAUAGCAGUCAUUCCAAGAUAAAGAAAGUAUCCCUUGCAUGUAUUCCAGUUGCAUGCAUUGUUUUGAGGAGGGGAAAGGGUUGGUGGUAGGUUGUAGGUUGUAAAUUCAUUACUGCUUUUUGGAUGUGGCUUAUCAUUGUCUUUUUUUUAUUUUUUAACAAGUAUACUGAAGACAUGAUUUUAAACUCCCUCAUUUGGAAUCUACUUUCCUUAAUUCUUAAGAAAAAUAGCUUUUUUAUACGCGUUACCUACACGGGACAGCUGAAAAAGUACUUUUCUGUUUGCUAAGCACUAUCACAGAUAAUAUUUAUUGACCUAAUAUAAUUGUACAUGCCAUAGGUAGUUUGAAGCCAGAAGGCACUUACAAAACUUCAGUGAAGCACAAAUAUGAACUCAUAUUUUUAGUAAUUAACAGCUAUUAUAAAAUGACAGCUUUUUUAUUUUAUUUCUUUUUUUUCCCUACAAAUACAGGAGGAAUUUGUUUGUUUUUUUUAUGGGGGAAAACUGUCAGCGUAUAUUUUGACAAAUCAUUAAACAUGCAUAUCGAUAACAAACCACAUAAAUUUCCCCCCUGUUGGUCUAGCAAAUCAGUGUAUCACAUGAAAAAAAAGGCAUACUAAACUUGUGCUGAAUUGUUAGCACAUCUUUUAAAAUGUUUAUAUAUUUUUGUUGUUUUUAAUUUAGACAUUGAUACUACAAUCAGUUUUAUAUCAUACAGUUUUUUUAUAGUUUGACAAUGUAGCUCUUAUUUCGGUUCUAUUUUAUGAUACAAAACACUCGCCAAAAAUAAUGAAACACUACAUGAAUGAGAUCUCUAGCACUGAUGAUAAGCCUCAUCCAUGACAUUUCACUACAUGGGGAUACUUUCUCUCUUCUGUUUGUUUCACAGGCAGCACCAAUUACCCUAGAAUGAAAUAUGCAUUUGCUUCACAGUACAGUAUGUAGAAUGUAGCCUGUAUAUAGCUUUUUAAAUGACUACUUUUUGUAUCCUUUUUUCCUUAAUACUUCAUUAUACAUUUUUACUAGUUUUUGCUAAUUACAGACAAAAAUAUAUAUAAAGAUAUAGAAAUAAUCAUUACCUUUUAAAAUUUUUGUUAGAUACACAAUAGCUGAACUUUUUUAACCAUUGUUUUGUUUUCAUUUCAUUGUUACAUUAGACAAAAGGUGUUGCCUGGAGAACAAAAUAAACAGUGUAACAUUUAUUCUCAUAUGGCCUUACAUGCAGAAAACCAUGUGUAUUAUUAUUCAUUUAUGAUGGGGGAGAA